AUGGUCCGUAUCACACUCAGCACUGCGCAAAACACGGACAUUGCAGACAUCUUUCAGAUCACAGCUUCUGCAGCUGUUGUUGACAUAGCAGCUGUUCCUUCUCCUCCAACCCAAACAGCAGCAGCAGCUGCUGCUGCUGUUUGGGUUGUUCCGGCUUAUGCUGUUGCUGUUUCUUCAAUUGUUGCUACUUCAGCUUCUCCGCAGCGCCUUUGUCUGGAACAUCCUGCUGGGGAGGCGAAGUUGCCGCCUUGGCUCACUCACCGUCACUACAUCCUUAGGUUGCUCCCUCUCCGAUGGUGCAGGUUGAGGUUGCGGUGCCGGAUUCUUGCCAGGACACAAUUUCGCCAGUUGACCGUCAGCACCACAAGUUCAACAGUGAGUUCGGCGGUUCUCCAUGACUAUGAGCAUAUUCCGUCCGCCGCAGAGACGCAUGUGUGUACACAUACAUCAACUCACUGUAAAUAUCUACGCACGCAAGCAAACAGAGUUUUAUCUAUCUAUCUAUCUAUCUAUCUAUCUAUCUAUUAG